AUGGCUGAGUUUGUUGAUCCCCGGAUGACCAAUAUCAAGCCCCGUAUCCGCUACAACACCAUCGGAGGUAUCAACGGUCCGCUGGUCGUCCUUGACAAUGUCAAAUUCCCCCGCUACAAUGAAAUUGUCUCCUUGACGCUUCCUGAUGGCACAGAGCGUUCCGGCCAGGUUCUGGAGGCUCGAGGAAGUCGAGCUGUGGUACAGGUGUUCGAGGGCACUUCCGGUAUCGAUGUGAAGAAGACCAAGGUCGAGUUCACCGGUCACAGCUUGAAGCUGGGUGUGUCUGAAGACAUGCUGGGUCGAGUGUUCGAUGGUUCAGGCCGUGCCAUCGAUAAGGGACCCAAGGUGCUGGCGGAAGAUUACCUAGAUAUUAACGGACAACCCAUCAAUCCUUACUCCCGGGUCUACCCCGAGGAAAUGAUCUCUACCGGUAUUUCCGCCAUCGAUACCAUGAACUCCAUUGCUCGUGGACAGAAGAUUCCAAUCUUCUCUGCGGCUGGUCUGCCCCACAACGAAAUCGCCGCUCAGAUCUGUCGUCAAGCCAGUCUGGUCAAGCCUACCAAGGGCGUUCACGACGAUCACGAGGAGAACUUCUCCAUCGUCUUUGCUGCCAUGGGUGUCAACAUGGAGACUGCUCGUUUCUUUACUCGCGAUUUCGAAGAGAAUGGCUCGAUGGAGCGUGUCACUCUCUUCCUGAACUUGGCCAAUGAUCCUACCAUUGAGCGUAUCAUUACCCCCCGUCUGGCUUUGACCACCGCCGAAUAUUACGCCUACCAGUUGGAGAAGCACGUCCUAGUUAUCAUGACUGACUUGUCCGCCUACUGUGAUGCUUUGCGUGAGGUUUCUGCUGCCAGAGAAGAAGUCCCCGGUCGUCGUGGUUACCCCGGUUACAUGUACACUGAUUUGGCUACCAUCUACGAGCGUGCUGGACGUGUCGAGGGCCGUAACGGAUCUAUUACUCAGAUUCCUAUUCUGACUAUGCCUAACGACGAUAUUACUCACCCCAUUCCUGACUUGACUGGUUACAUUACCGAGGGUCAGAUCUUCAUUGAUCGUCAACUAGCCAAUAAGGGUGUUUACCCUCCCAUUAACGUGCUGCCUUCGCUAUCACGUCUAAUGAAGUCUGCUAUCGGAGAGGGACGUACCCGCAAGGACCACUCCGAUGUGUCUAAUCAGCUGUACGCCAAGUACGCUAUCGGUCGUGAUGCUGCCGCCAUGAAGGCAGUCGUCGGUGAGGAAGCUCUUUCCUCCGAAGACAAGCUCUCUCUGGAGUUCCUCGAGAAGUUCGAGCGCACCUUCAUUAGUCAAUCUGCUUAUGAGUCUCGCACUAUCUACGAUUCUCUCGACAUCGCCUGGAACUUGCUCCGCAUUUACCCCAAGGAACUGCUGAACCGUAUCCCCAAGCGUGUACUGGACGAGUUCUACGCCCGCUCAGCCCGCAAGCUUGCCAGCAAGGACACUCGGGAUAACUCUACUGAAGAACAGAAGCACGGUGAAGGAAAUCUGAUCGACGCUUAA